ACAUCCUCUGCGCAUAUACAGAACGACGUAAACAAAAAUCAAUAAACAUGGUGGUAAAUGUGUAAGUGUGUUCACGGUUUCUAAUAUGUUUUUAUAAAAAACGGUUUAUCAACAUAAGACUAUCUAAAAAAACGAAUGGUGAAGGUAAAAGACGGGCCGAUGGCAGAGGCUAAGCCUGCAACAACAGCAACAACAACAACACAAUCGUCGACAAUUAAUAACAAUAACACAACUAACAGCAACAGUACAACAUAUACCCAUAUUCGUAAACCGCGCAAUCACAAUCAUACCCAUCAUAUUCACCCAUUACACCAUUACACCUAUUUACACCAUCACUGUACUCAUCCAAGUGACAACGCAGAAACCAAUGGAUCCAAUGGAGCUGGAUCUCCGGCAAAAUUUCAUUUCGGGCCUGGAUUUGAGCCACAAAUUUCCGGUGGCAAUUAUUGUCCAGGACCGAGCCAAAGUCAGAACAAUUCCGAAUACGUCGUGCUGUUCCACGUCAAUCCUGGUGUUACCAUUAGGUUCCAGAUGGGGGAUAGUUUCGAAGUCCUGCAAGGUGAGCCCCAAUUCCAUUAUAUUGAAAAGCAUCUCCAAAGUCCUGUAACAGUUCCGAUGGUAUCAACGAAUUCGUCGCCACCCAUUGCGAUGCCAGUACAAGUUCCUCCAGGUCAUGUCGUACAACAAAUUGUUGACGAGAGCGGCACCUUGCGCCAUGUGAUACUCUCCCCACAACACCCAGCCGGACUCGUGCCAUUAACCUCACAUAAUCCACAGCACUAUGGUGCCGGUCCAGGGAAUAGCACAAAUCAGCCGCAACAAGCGUUCUAUCAAGGCCUGCCGACGGGUUUUCCAGCCUCACAUUUCCAUUCGAAUAUCCCGCCAGGUCAUCCAGGACCAAGUCCCACUCGUCUCGGACAUUCCCCACCUUUAAAUCAAAUUUAUUACAAGGACGAACGAGCCAAACGACAAUAUAUAAAACUGAAAAAAAAGCAUCAAGAUAAACAGAAAUUAGACAGUAUGCAAAAGGAUUUGGUGAAUGGAUUGAGGAGGCCGUCAGCCAAAGAUAAAGACAUGAACAGUGUAGGAACGUCAGAGGAUGGUGAGGAAAGCAGUAUUCCGGACGAAGAAGAUUCCGUUCAAAUCAUUGCUGAUAUUUUGUCGUCCGUCCAGGCUCCAAAGGUAUCUGAACUGAGUUCCCGAAGUGCCUUAUUGCUGUGGGCGCCGCCCACGAAACUCUCCGAAGCUUCAAGCACGGACGGCCCCGAGAUCGACGUCGGUGAUUUACGUUACGAAGUAUUACUUAGUGAUAAGAGCAAAGAAAUGAAAUUUAAGUCAAUAUACAACGGCACUUCACUAUCAUGUCGCAUCCGGGACCUGAAACCGGGCCAGGAGUACUCCGUUUGUCUCCAAGUGCACUACGACGAACUCCAAGGUGCCGCCACUGACCCCGUUAAGUUCACCACCCCUCCGUGCGAGCCCGACCAACCCCAACCUCCCAAACUGCACCAACGCCAGAAAACGUCGCUCCAAUUGAAGUGGAACAGCGUCAACGACAACGGCUCGCAUAUCACGAACUACAUUCUGGAGUAUGACGAGGGCAAAGGGGGCGACUUUGUGGAAUUUCACCGAGGAAGGGUGAAACAGUACACGAUACAUAAGUUGCAACCGGCGACCCCAUACAAGUUCAGGUUGGCGGCAGUGAACGAGAUAGGGAAGAGUAGUUACUCGGAAGUGGUCACUUAUAAUACUUGUAAUAAUCCGCCGACGAAACCGCCGCCUCCGGUACUAGCCGAGGCCUCAAUCAAUUAUCUCCACUUGCAGUGGAGCAAAAGGCCAAGCGAUGAGGAGUUUACGCUUCAAAUGAACGACUCGAGGACUAGCUAUCGGCCGGUUUACAACGGAAGAGAAACGAUUUGUAUUUGUACGGGUUUGAGUAAUUUUACGGAAUAUAAGUUCCGGUUAAGGGCGGAGAAUGACGGAGGACAAUCGCCGUGGUCGGACGAGGUGACUUACAAGACCUUGCCCGAUCGUCCGAGGGAGCCCUCGAAGCCAGUCGUCAAGGGCCGGAUCCACGCACACUCAUUCAAACUGAAAUGGGAGCCGCCGAAUUACACCGGCGGCGCCGACAUCACCGAGUACAUCCUCGAGGUGAACUCCGGUAGCGGCUACGAGGUCGUCUACACCGGAACGGAAACGGAAGCAGUCUGUGAUAAACUAACCCCCGGCACCACCUACCAGUUGCGCGCGAGCUGCAUCAGUGCCGGCGGCCGUAGCAACUACUCAAACCCGUGUACUGUGACGACGGACGCCAUCGCCCCCGGGCAGUGCGCCGCCCCCCGUCUGCACGGCAAGCCGAAAUCGAACAGCAUCACGAUCAGAUGGUGCGAGCCCGACUACAACGGAGGGGCGCCGGUCCUGGAGUACGAGGUGGAGAUGGCGGGCCCGCCUGACCACACACGAAAUCUAGUUCACAAAAGCAAAGAGACGGAAUGCACGGCCGCGAAUCUCACUCCAGGCUGUGAGUACGAGUUCUUCGUGAGGGCCGUCAACAGGAUAGGGCCCGGACUGUGGUCGGAUCCAUUGAAAGUUACCAGCGGAGCAGCUCCGCCAGAUGUCGUCUCGACGCUCACGACCAAUUGCAAAUCACCAUUCCAGAUAUUCGUCGAAUGGCAAGAGCCGCCGUCUAACGGAGCGCCCAUUCUAGACUAUAGAUUAGAAAUUAGCACAAGUAUGAAUGACUUCCAUUUAGUUUAUCAAGGAGCUGAAAAUUACCAUGACGUCAAGGGACUGAACCCCUUCACGACGUAUUACUUCCGAGUGCAAGCCUGCAACUCUGCCGGUUGCAGUCCGUACUCCCCCGUCACCGCGACGGUGACUCCCGCAGCGCCCCCUUCCACCGUAACGACCCUCCGGAGCGAAUCCACCCCAACGUCAAUAACGCUCAACUGGAACGAACCCUCCAAUAACGGUUCAGAAAUCACCCACUACAAUAUCGAGUUCGGUGAUAAACUCAUCGUUACUGAUGGUCCCGUGAGAGAGUAUCAAAUUGUCAAUCUCCAACCAGAGAUCACCUACAAAAUCAAAAUCCAGGCGGUGAAUGCCAUCGGCAGCGGCUCUCUUUCCUCCACGCUUAAAGUAUCGACACUCAAACUACCACCAGCAGCUCCUAAACUUGAAUGCAUUGGCAUCGGACACAACUAUCUCAAAUUGAAAUGGGGCGACGGUAAAAACGUCGACUACACACACUAUUUGAUCGAAAUGGAAAACGGACGCACACACGAUUUCCAAUGCGUCUAUAAAGGGACAGCUCUCACAUACAAAGUUAAUAAAUUGCAAGAAGUAACAACAUAUAGGUUUAGGAUUUGCGCAUCGAACGAUGCUGGUGUGGGUGAUUUUUCCAAUAUUUAUGAAUUUACAACAAGUAUAGCACCGCCUGCAGUAAUCAAGCAACCGAAAUUGAUCGAAGUCGAUCAAACGAGUUGUAUGAUCGAAUGGAUGCCCUCUAAAAAUCAAUUCGUGGAUCCUGUCAUUUUCCAAGUACAGGUGGCCAGGGUAAAGGACCAGUUUUUCAAAGAGACAUACAGGGGCGCUGAGUCGAAGUGUUCUAUCGAAAAUUUGGAACCGGGUGUCGAGUACAGCGCUCGCGUAUGUCCAAUUAGACUAACGGCCAGCGGCGACCUCGUGGGCCCCUCUUCGCCUCUCUUGCACUUUUCGACAAUGAUUGCCGAACCGACUGUAGUAUCAAAAAUCUCGACGAAUCCCAGCUCACCGACUCACUCCCACCGAAGCCACCGGACUGCACUGACGUCAAUUUUGCACCGCUUAAAGACAGUUCUAAAUACGCCCCUUGUCGUUGCCAUCGUGGUAACAAUUAUAGGAAUUAUCAUUUCGAUAUGGAUUAUGUCGUUUCUCUAAGUGCAAUUGAUGUGUGGUCGCUUUGCUCACUCCAAACAAACAAACUUAAACUAAGCGAUACUACCCUGCCGUUUGGCUAACGAAAAGUGGAAUAUAAAGUAUUAUUAAACAGGGCUUAUUAUAAUUAGAGGACCAAAGCGUAAGUUUUGGUAUUUUUAUACGUGUUUCCGUACUUGGCGUGGUGCUAUCCAAUUUAAUUAACGAUGUGAUGUCUAACGGCGGUCAAAACCGUCGCAGAUGACCUGUAGUUUGAUAUAUUAUGUGUUGUUAUUCCAGUCAUGUGUAUAGUAAAGCAAACCCGUACACAUAUUGUAUGUAUUUAUGAAGCAGGAUUAACUAAAUGAAUUUUUAAGUGGCUGGAAAGUCUGUACCUAUAAAAAUUUUAAAUAUAUAUACUUACAUAAUACAGCAUAUAGGUUAAUGAAAUUAUAUAACUCUAAUGUUAAUCUAUUAAGUAUAUUACAAUCUAAUCUUUUAUUGUUUAAAGUUGGCUAAAAUUGGGUUUGUAUAUGUGCUACUUCCUGCACAGUCGACAGAGAUAUAUUAAUAUAUUAUAGGUAUAAAAAAUAUAAAUACAGAUAUAAAUAAAUAAAUAAAUCAAUUAUAUUUUAUGUACUAGUA